AUGGGGGGGCGCCGAUGCCGACGGCUUGAUGGUGCUGUCGUCGAAUUUCCUUGCGCGCCCGGACAUCAGGACUCUCUGUGCCUGGCAGCCCGCAAGCGCUUUGCAUUAUUAUUUCCAAGGCGUGUCCGUUCCAGUUGCGCAGUCGCAGGCUGGCCAAUUAUUGCUCCAGUCGGCGUUGAAUGCGAGGCGUUUGGAGGGUGGUCAAUUUGUCUUGGAUGCGUCUGGGGAGUAUGGGCCCGAUAUGAUGGAGGUUGGCAGCGGGUAUUUGAACAACACAACAGGCUUUCUUCGACACGCACAUCCGCAAACGAGGUGACCUAUCAGUUUACCGAGUUCGGUUUGCAGACGUUUCAAAUGGCGCAUAAUAUCAAGCCCGUCCGUUUUCUGAGGACGCCGCGGCCGGGGGUGCCCUUGCAAGACCGAUCUUAUUUCGAGUUGUUGAUGAUGAUGGAUUCCGAGGGCUGGGUUUGCGAGCUGUGCGCACGUUCCAAAGAUGCCGUUCCUUACGUCGUCGGCCAGUCCAAGACUUGGUAUUUGAAGGACGCCCAAACAUCGCUGCAACCUUUGUAUCUGCGGGCGCUCUUGACAGCUGCCGACCACAAACAGCCCGUGCAGGCUUUCCGGGCACCGGCUUAUUACAAGUGCAUCUUGCAGGGCAAGGCGUACGUUCCGAAGCCGCGUCGGCAGUGCGGGCCAUUCUGCAUAGAGCCAGCGCGCGAGGGUUUAGCCGCGCUUGCACCGCCAGUGCCCGCCGCUGCACGGGGCCGCGGGGCCGCCCGGGGCCCUUGCAGGGGCGGCCGGCGGCGGCGGGCCGUGGAAAUUCCAGGGGCAGCGUUGGCGCUUGAUCUUGAGACAUCCGAUGUUUCCGAUCACCCCAGUCUGUUGGAUAUGCUCCCGCACGAUGAGGACUCGAUCGAUAUGUGUGCUGUCGCAGGUUCCGCCGACGACCGAGUUUAUCUUGUUACUUGCCCUGCCGCCAGUAUGUUGCCCGCUGGUUGCCCGCGCAAGUGUCGCGCGAGGUCGCGCCCUUCGGCCGCGCGUGGCGGCACUCGGGUCCACCAAGGUCCGUCUUCAGAUUGCACGCGCCGGCUGGCAGUUCGCCGCUCGGCGGAUUCCUUGGGCAAGAUGCUGGAGGAAAUGGAUUUCUCCAUGGACGACCCCGCCGAGGGCCCUGCGGCCGAGGCCAGUGGCGCUUCGGGCGGGCCUGGCGGGGCCGCUGGUGCUGGCGCAGCGGCUAGCAGCGGCGCUGGCGCAGCGGCUAGCAGCGGCGCUGCUGCCGCCGUGAUUGCCGAUCCCGACCACGACGUCUCGGGCUUCAGGUGGCGUCAGAUGUUUCAGUUUACUCCGCACUGGAACAGGACAACCGGCCAACAGGCGGGCUGGGAGGUCUUCUGCUACCACCCCGACCAUGACCAGAGCAAGUGCAGGCGGCGCCGACACUUCGCAGCUCACGGAGGCCCACAGAUGACAGAGAGACUCUUGAAGGAGUGGUGCAUUCGCGGCUUGUGCGAGGGGGGCACCGCCGCCCACAUGGCUUUGAAAGACCACCCUCCCUACAUGGAGCUGGAACAGGCAGAUGACCAUCCAAUACCCGAACACUUACUGGACGCGCUUGCUUCCAGCUCGGGCCCAAGCUCCGAUGGCAACUCUUCCACUUCCGAUUGA